AUGUUAAUUCCACCUCUUGCCCGCGCCGCCUGUCGGCCGGGUCUUCACGCAUCCACGCUGCGCCUUCAUCCUGUACACCACGGCAUCCGCGUCUUCACCUCGUCUCCUCUUCAUAGAAAAGAUGCUCAUGGCGAGCGGCCAAAGCCGGGUUCUCAGCCUGCACUCGAGGCUACCAAGCCCGCAGCCAAUGCUACGGCUGCGAAAGCAAAAGUCGCAAAGGCAGAUCCGUUGCUUCAAGAACAGGUCUUGACCAACAAGGAACAGCGCAAAGCUGACUGGGCCAUUAUCAAGGAAAUGUCGCAGUAUCUGUGGCCAAAGGACAACAUGGGCACUAGAUUCAGGGUUGGGCUGAGUGUAGGGUUGCUGGUUGGCGCAAAGCUGCUCAACGUGCAGGUCCCCUUCUAUUUCAAGAGCAUUGUAGACGCCAUGAACAUAGAUUUUGCUGCUGUAGGCGGUACCGCGACUACCGUAGCAGGCUCGAUGAUUAUCGCUUACGGCUUGACCCGUAUCGGUGCAACUGUAUCCCAAGAACUGCGAAACGCCGUCUUUGCCAGUGUUGCUCAAAAGGCCAUUCGCAAAGUGGCCUGCAGUGUCUAUGACCAUCUACUAAGGCUGGAUCUGAGUUUCCAUUUAUCAAGGCAAACAGGAGGCCUCACAAGGGCCAUUGAUCGUGGUACAAAGGGCAUCAGUUUCUUACUGACUGCUAUGGUCUUUCACAUAUUCCCCACUGCACUCGAAAUCUCGCUUGUAUGCGGCAUUCUAACAUACCAAUACGGCUGGCAAUUUGCCCUCAUCACCGGCACUACAAUGACUGCUUACUCUGUCUUUACCAUCAUGACCACUUCGUGGAGAACAAAGUUUAGGAAACAGGCCAAUGCUGCUGAUAACAAGGCAGCUACUGUUGCAGUCGACUCCAUGAUCAACUAUGAAGCUGUCAAGUACUUCAACAAUGAAAAGCACGAAGUCAAGCGUUAUGACAAGGCCCUUCAGGACUAUGAAAAGGCCUCUAUCAAGGUCGCCACUUCCCUGGCCUUCCUCAACUCGGGUCAAAACAUUAUCUUCUCCUCUGCUCUGACUGCCAUGAUGUAUCUCGCUGCCAACGGCGUCGCAACCGGACAACUCACCGUUGGCGACCUUGUCAUGGUCAACCAACUCGUCUUCCAACUCUCCGUCCCCCUCAACUUCCUCGGUUCCAUGUACCGUGAACUCCGCCAGAGCCUGCUCGACAUGGAAACUCUCUUCAACCUGCAAAAGGUCAACGUGACUGUCAAAGACAAGCCCAACGCUCCCCCACUCGUCCUCAAGACGGGCGAAAUCAAAUUCGAAAAUGUCUCCUUUGGCUACCGUCCCGACCGUCCCAUCAUCAAAAACCUCACUCUGACCAUCCCCGCCGGCAAAAAAGUCGCCAUCGUCGGUCCCAGCGGCUGCGGAAAAUCCACAAUCCUCCGCCUGCUCUUCCGCUACUAUGAUCCACAGGAAGGUCGUAUUCUGAUUGACGGCCAGGAUAUCCGCGACGUCAACCUAGAGAGUCUACGCCGCGCAAUCGGAGUAGUACCUCAAGACACGCCUCUUUUCAACAACACCAUCCAGCACAACAUCCACUACGGCAAUCUAGACGCCACUCAAGACCAAGUCAUCGAAGCAGCGCGACGCGCCCGUAUCGACGAGACUAUCGCUCGGUUCCCCGAUGGCUACAACACCAUGGUCGGCGAGCGCGGCAUGAUGAUUAGUGGAGGUGAGAAACAGAGACUCGCCAUUGCGCGAUUGGUCUUGAAAGAUCCGCCGCUUUUGUUUUUCGAUGAAGCUACGUCAGCGCUAGAUACCCACACCGAGCAAGCACUCCUCUCCCACAUCAACUCUCUCGUGAGAGAAAAGAAGCGGACAUCAGUGUUUGUGGCGCACCGUCUUCGCACAAUCUACGACUCUGAUGUUAUUAUCGUGUUGAGCGAGGGUGGGGUCGCGGAGAGUGGGACGCAUCAGCAGCUUAUUGAUCGGAGUGGGUUGUAUAGUGAAUUGUGGAGUGCGCAGGAGACUAUGUUUGUUGAGGAGGGAGAGGGAGAGAGCGUAGAGGUAGAGGGUGAGGUGAAGAAGUAA